AUGGAGCCGGAGCGGUAUCCCAUCAGCGUCCGUCUAGUUGGAGUGAUGCACAACGACAAGAGCAAACUGUACGUGACCUCCGUGCUCUGGUCCGACCAGAGCGACAUUGUAGUUUACAGGAGUUUUGGGGAGUUCAAGAAAAUGCAUAGACAAAUGAAGAAAGCGUUUCCACCCGCUAGUAAACUAAAGAAGUCGGACAGAAUCAUCCCCAGGUUUCAAGAUAACAAGAUGAGGCAGAAGAGUCGGAGGAUGGGUCCCAACAAGGCAGUGGUGCGCCUCAAGUUUCUGCAGAAAUAUUGCAAUGAACUUCUGAGCUGCGGCCCACGAGUCAGCCAGUCUGCACACCUCAUCCAGUUCUUCCGCCCUAAAGACCAGGACCUGCGGCCAGAGUUUUCCAAGAACAGCAUCAUGGUCAUGCCCCCAGAAGAUGACAUGAGGAGCGACGUGGGACCGGGCGGCGGCAACGUGACCCAGCCCUUUGUCACCGAGACGUACAGGUGUGUGGCUCCGUACGAGACCAAAGACACCAAGAACAAAGCUUUCAAAGUGGGCCUGGAUGAAAAAGUGGACGUUCUCAUCAAAGACCAAGCAGGAUGGUGGCUGGUGGAGAAUGAAGCCAAGCAGAUGGCCUGGUUUCCUGCUCCCUACCUGGAGAGGCUGGACAAUGGUGACGAUGAAGAUGAGAUAGACGGCAGUUCUGACAGAGGAGAGCUCUACACUGCAGUUAGGACCUACAAGGCCACCAAAGGCGAUGAGAUAACCGUGACCAUCGGAGCAACGGUGGAGGUCCUGCAGAAGUCUGACAACGGCUGGUGGCUCAUCAGAUACGGUGGUAAAGCAGGCUACAUCCCCACCAUGUACCUGCAGCCCUACCGCCGCCCCCACAUCCACAUGCUGUCCCCCCCUGGCCUAGAGCAGCACUCCCAGCUGAGCCGCUCCCACGGAAACCUGCUGCAGCUUCCCCCUACCAGGUCCUCCACGCCUCUCUCGAUCCAAUCAGACAGCCGGCACAAGUCCAGGUCUCUUAGCGUUUUAAACGAACCGCCUCCUGCGCCGGUUUCAACCAUCAGAGCUGCUGCAAACCCCGGAGCCGCCUCUGCAAGCUACGCUCCUCCACCCACGAUCACAGUGGAGAUGGAAGGAGAGGAGAGGCCCAGGAGCCUGAGUGCAGCCAGCCGGGGCAGCUUCGAGAGCGACAGCACUGACUUCAGCCUCAGCGAUGACCUCAGCUCCUCCUCUGCGAGCUCCACCUUCAACCUGAGCCCGAGCUCCAACGCCGAGCAGCUGCGUCUCAGCCGGACGCCUCCACCGAUGCCCAGGAACCGCCUCAGCCUAAUAAACACUGCGGAGGGGAAACUAAUCGCCAGCGUCUCCGACCCGAACCUCUACAGAGGCCCCGCGAUGCCCAAGGUGCCUCCUAGACCUCAGGCCCAGGAGAUCCUCAAACGCUGCACCACCGUCACCCGCAAGAACGCAGCCAAGGGCGGCCCGUCACCCACACAGGCCGAAAUAAUCAGCCGGUGAAGCAUCACGAUGGCUUUAUUUGUAUUAUUUAACAAUCUUUUUUACUCUGUGGGCAAAGAAAGGCAUUAGGAGACUCUGACCUUUAGAGGUCCUUGUACUCUAACAAAGCCGCCAUAAGUCACCUCUUCACUGCUGGUUUUAUUUUCCAUACUGGAAACCUUGUGCUGCGUCUUAUAUGCAUUUAGACUGUUACAAGUGCACAGAGACGGAUUCUUUUGUUCUUUUAAAUGUAGAAAAAUGUUUGUCUGAACUUAAAGCAUGUGCAGGCUGAUCAGGUCACGCCAACACCUCGCUGUUGACGUUGAUGCUGAAUGAACUCCAUGUGUAGAUGUAUUCAUGUAACCGAGAAGCUGAGAACAAAUAAAAGUAUACUAGAAAACUUU